UCCCCGGCGGCGCUCUCCUCGUCCUCUCGCUGCUAGAGUGUCCGCAGCCGCGGCGAGCGGCUGUCCCUCUCCGCCAGGCAGAGCUGCGCGCCCUCCCCCGCGGAGCUCGUCCCUGGUGUCCCUCCUCGCGCCAGCUGCCUGCUGGCUUGGGUGCUCUGUGCUACGCCCAGCUGGACGCUGUCUUCGCGUUGCUUCCAGGAAGCAACUGAAAAUGUCUCAAAAUCCUGACAAGCCACAUACAAGUGAAGAAAAGUUGAGUGUUUCGGAAGAUGACCAAGAGGAGAGCGUGGAUAAUGUGGAUCAGUCAAUCAGAAAAAGAACAGGAGAGAGUGCUACAGGUUCACACAGAGAUGAUACUCCGAAGUCUAGUCCUCCUCGGCUCGUGUCACUGGAAGAGCUAAUGGAAACAGCUAAGGGAGUAACGAAUAUGGCUCUGGCACAUGAAAUCAUUGUUAACGGAGACUUCCAGAUAAAACCAGCUGAAUUACCAGAACAUAGCUUGGAAAAAAAAGUAAGAGAUAUUGUGCACAAAGCUUUCUGGGAUUGCCUGGAAGCCCAGCUAAAGGAAGAUCCGCCAACCUAUGACCAUGCAAUUAAACUGUUGGGAGAAAUUAAAGAGACUCUCUUGUCUUUCUUGUUGCCUGGUCAUGCUAGACUAAGAAACCAGAUUACAGAAGUUCUUGAUCUGGAUUUGAUAAAACAGGAGGCCGAGAAUGGGGCCCUGGACAUUUCUAAGUUGGUAGAAUUUGUUAUUGGGAUGAUGGGGACCCUCUGUGCUCCAGCUCGAGAUGAAGAAAUUAAGAAACUGAAAGAUAUUCAUGAAGUAGUUCCUCUGUUCAGAGCAAUUUUCUCUGUGUUAGACCUAAUGAAAAUGGAUAUGGCAAACUUCGCUGUCAGUAGUAUUAGGCCAAAAUUAAUGCAGCAGUCUGCUGAAUAUGAAAGAAAGAAGUUUCAGGAGUUUCUUGAGAAACAACCAAAUUCCUUAGACCUUGUCACAGACUGGUUGCAAGAAGCAGCAGAUGAUCUUGGAAAGUUGAGAUGUAAGAAGCUGCUUUCCCCCUGCGGUGAUGACGAUGACGGUGCUGCUGGUGGAGCUGCUGCGUUGUGCCCCACGGCUGUACAAAACCGGGCGUACUUAAAGCUCCUCAAGUGGGAUCAUGUGAACAGGCCUUUUCCAGAAACUGUGUUAAUGGACCAGCUCCGUUUUCAGGAAAUACAGCUGGAGCUGGAACAACUCCUGUUGACUGGGACUGUCCUCCUGGUCACGUUCAGUGCAGCAGGCUCAGCACUUGCUGGUAUAGCUGGAUUUGCUGAGAAAAUCAAAACCAUUAUCAAGGUGCUGUUGGCCGGACUGCAUCUUCCCUCCUUUAACCUAAGGGAAUCUCUGGCUACCAUCAGUGAAAAGGUGUGUGCUGAAGUCAAUAGCUGCCUUUCCCAGCACGGCUUUACACCAUUCACGCCCGAGAGAGAGACUGUGCUUAAAGGACAAAUCCAAGCAGCGGCCAAUCCUGAUAACGCCAUAUGCAAGCUAAUAGAUUCUCGAAUUCAAAAGUUCCUGGACAGUCAUCUUGCCUCUAGUCACCGGAGAUCGUUACCUGCUCUUCCUGGAGGAUUAGGCCCUAUUCAGCGAGAGCUGGAAGAGAUCGCUGUCAAGUACGUUCGUCUUGUCAACUACAACAAAAUGGUCUUCAGCCCUUACUACGAUGCAGUCCUUGGAAAAAUACUGGCUAAGGAAGAAUCUCAGCUCAUAGGGAAAUCAGAAGAAUCGUAAAACCAGUUUGUACACUACCAAUAUGGUACUAACUUUGUCUGCUCUUUCCAAAAAAAAAUUGCACCAAUAUUUGCCUAGAAAAACAGCUUUCCAUUUAAACAUUGGUUCUUUUAAUUCACUAGUGAUGAUUAAUGAGAAAAAUACAUGAGUUGCGGAAGGGGUUCUGAAAUGAAUGAUGAAAAAGAGAUGAAUUUUUGAUGCAAGUAUGCAACCUGGGGGGCUGUCUUGGUAUUCUUAUGGCUGCAAUUUUUAGAUUUUGAGCAGAUGCUAGGUAGGACAAGUUUGACAACCAAAUGGUCUUUAAAUGGCUCAUUUUUGGCGUUCUUGGAGCAUUUUAUUCUCUUGAUUUACCAUCAAGUUAGUUGUUUAGUCCAGAGCAGAUUAGCAAUGGUCCUUCCCAGCAGGGUGAUUUGGCUUUUUUAAAAAAAUAAGCUUACUUUAAAGACUGAGGUAGUAAGCUAAAACUCUAAAUAUGAGAAAUUUUAACAGGCAAAAAAUAAAACCAAACAGCACUUUAUUAUAACAUUACAGUUAGUAUGGUAGACUACUAUUUUUUUUCUGCAUUUUUAAUAGCAUUUUUUUGCUGUUUACCUGCAGAUGUUACAAAAAACAAUAUAUUUUUGUAGCAAAUUUUCUGGUUAUUGGGUAACUGUCCUCUGCUAUGUACAGUACUUACCAAGGUGGCAAUCUUAUAGAUUGCAGCUGUAUUUAUUUAUUGUAAAGGCUUCAGAAGGGCAGAGCUAAAAUGUUUUGAUAAAAGUAGCAUUUCUUACCUUUUUUUUUUUUUGCUAGUAGUUUACUCCUUUUUAUGUGAAAUACUGAUUUUAAAUUCAAUCUUUGUCAUUUUUGGAAGGUGGAUUUAAAAUGCUUGAUUCUUUUGACUGAAAAAUUUUACUUGUUUUUUAAAACUACAGUUAGAGAUGGUUGCAUAUUCAAUCAUGUCUUCAGAAAUAUACAGGAAGUGCAGAGCACUAUCAGAAGUGUAGGUGAUUUUAAACAUAGAGUGAGAAAUAAAUGAUGUAAUGUUGAUUUGAAUACACAGGGAAUAUUUUCAGAUGUUUUUCCACUUUGUAGAGAUGUUCUUGAAACUUAAAAUAUUUUUAGAUCUUGAAUUUAAUUAACUACAUGUUGUAUAGAUGGAUGUUCACAGAAAAUCUCAAUGAUCUUACAGCUAUUAUACUCUUACUUUCAAUAAUAAUGUCAAAAAUAUUGAAAUCAUAGUAUAUAAUAUUUAAUAACUUAAUAAUGUAAUUUCAAACUUAGGAGGUAAGUAUAUUUGAAAUUCUCCUCUAGUUAUUGAGUACAACACAGUCAAAAUGUGAUGACUUUAUGAAAGUAGAGUUCAUCAUCAUGAUCAGUGUUUCAGAGGCUAUAUCCACAGCAAAAUAUUGUCUCUUAAAAACAAUUACAUUAAAAAAAAAAAGUCCUUUAAUGAUGAUAACUUCCAGCUUCAUUUUAUUGAUAAACUAAUCAAUCAAAAUAAUAAAGCUUGUAGAAGGAAGUACUUGAUGAUGAAUCUGUGUUGAUGCUUCCCUUUCUAGUAUCCCUAUAAAUGUCAGCAUGGAUAUAGCUGCAAUAAUUUUGAAUAGGGAGGAAGACAGAAUAAGACCUUUUACUGCAUAUUAGCCUAUGCAACUAUAAAACAAAUCUUUUCUCAUUCAUUACAAAACCCCUUUCCCCUCCGAAAAAAAAGAAGUCAUGUAAGAGAUCACUAGUUUAGACAAGUGGGUUUAAAAAAAAAAAAAAAAAAAAUCUUACUCAUUGUGUGUCUUGCGUUGGAUCUUUGGUAACUCAAAACAGAGCUGGUCCUUUAGCCAGAAAACCGGUUCUAAGUAGAGUUUUGGUGUAGUCUACUUCUACUGUAUUCUGUUUAGUUUAACAAAGGAUGUUACAAAGGUCUUCAGUAUUGCUGCCUCUGCUUACUGUACCUUGUUAUUAGUGCAGGCUUCACCUUGAAAUAAAGCCUAUAGCUUGCAGCUCCAAAAAAAGCUCAUUCAAUAGUGUGGGUAACAAAAGAGCUACCCAUGCCAUUUUCGCUAGAAAGAUUUAAAAAGAAAAAAAAAACGUUUUUUUGGUAAGUGAGAGCUGAAGAGGCUGAUUGGUGCUAUUUUAUGUUCUUGCAUUGCCUAGAGGCUGCCUUUAAAAGCUUCCUCCCCCUCCGCCCCCACCCCCAAGACUGUACUGCUAAAGCUAGGUGGGGGGCAGGCCUCAAGCUGUGGAAAGGAACAGCAGCAAAGGGCAAGCAGCACGGACUAAGCAAGGAUCGUCUUGCUUACCCUUUCAGUCCCACUCAUUCUGGCAUCAGGUAUUUUUCCAUAGGCUUUUUUUUUUUUUUCCUUCCCUGAGAGAUGGCUGCUUCUAGCUGUGCAGCGCAGCACCUCGGUGCGCACAAGCGCCAGCUCCUGCUUGUGCCGACGUCGAAGCACGGACCGCGCGGCUGGUGCUGCGCGCACGCUGCUCCCAGGGUCGCGGCAGUAGGUAAACCCCAACUCGCUUCUCAACAAGGGUUGGAUCCUAAGGCUUCAUGGAGAAAAUAGUGCCGACCCCACCUCUGAUCUGGCUUCUGGCUCACCUUUGGGUGUUGCACGCAGCAGGAAAUGAGUGCCACAGUGGUUGGGUGUUGCAGGCUUCUGCUGUUGUUACCUAACACUAAAUUUAAAGAUCCAAAGCAACUGUGGUAAAUGCCUACAAGUGCAAGUCAUACUAGUGUUUUCUCCAAUUCUGUUUUAUUUUUUUAAUGAUAGAGAAAUGGGCUGAGUCAUAUUUAAAAGACCUGUGUAGAUGUUGUUAAGUGGCAAAGUUAAAAAAAAAAAAAAAAAAAAAAAGAGGAAAAAAAAAAGAAGGAGAAAAGGCAAUGAUAAGGCGAGGCCCUCCCUCCCUAUGUGAAUAUUUACACUGUUACAUGUAUGCUGUUUUACCUCUUAGUCUGGUAGAUAGCAGUGCUGACCUGCAGUCAUCUGUCCUCCUGGUGGUGGGAAUGUCUGUCUACUUGUCAGAAAGUCUUAUUUCUGUAUAGUUCAUCAGGGUUCUGACGGUCUUAUGAGGGUACACUUGAAUAGUUAAUUACAAGUUAAAAGCUAAAGUAUGCAUAGAAGUGCUUCAGAAGUUCAUAUAAUCAUUUCUGUUAGCUUGUUUGAAAACAACAGGUUAAACUAUGUAGCUAAUAUAUUAAAAUUUAGCUUUGUACAUUAUUAAAUAGAAGACCACUGCAUUUAUCAGGGUCAGACUCAGUUAACUAAUACUCCUGGACAUCCACAUUAGAAAUAUGUAUUGAAAUUGUCUUACUAUGCUGUCUUCUUUAAACAGUCAUGGCAUUAAGAGCAAAAGAAUACUGUAUCUUCUAGAGAUAUGGAAGACAAAAUAAUUCUAGUAUAUAUGGUCUGAUCAGUUUCCUGUGAUGGUUUUAAUUCUUAACAUUGCUUUUGAAGUAGUUGAGUGAUAUUUAGAAAAAAAAAUGUUUGAAUAAAAUCAGAAUAAGGCAUGA